AUGCUCGCUCGUUCUGCCGGCAUUGCCACCGCCAACCUCGCCCGAUCGGCCGCCGUCCCUGUGGCCCGCCGAUCGGUCGCUAACGCCGUCCGCACCUACGCCACCGCCAAGCCUGCCGCUUCCGAGGUCAGCUCCAUCCUUGAGCAGCGCAUCUCUGGCGCCUCCGCCGGCGGUGAUGUUCAGGAGACCGGCCGUGUCCUCACCAUUGGUGACGGUAUCGCCCGUGUCUACGGUCUCCGCAACGUCAUGGCCGAGGAGAUGGUUGAGUUCUCCUCCGGUGUCCGAGGCAUGUGCCUCAACCUCGAGGCCGACAACGUCGGUGUCUCCAUCUUCGGUUCGGACCGUCUCAUCCGUGAAGGUGACACUGUCAAGCGUACCGGCCAGAUUGUCGACGUGCCCACCGGCCCCGGUCUGCUUGGCCGUGUCGUAGACGCUCUUGGUAACCCCAUCGACGGCAAGGGACCCAUCGAGUCCGCCGAGCGCCGCCGUGCCUCGCUCAAGGCUCCCGGUAUUCUGCCCCGUCAGUCCGUUCGCGAGCCCAUGCAGACCGGUAUCAAGCCCAUCGACGCCAUGGUUCCCAUCGGCCGAGGUCAGCGUGAGCUCAUCAUUGGUGACCGUCAGACUGGUAAGACCGCUGUCGCCAUCGACACCAUCCUCAACCAGAAGCGAUGGAACGACGGCCAGGACGAGUCCAAGAAGCUCUACUGUGUCUACGUCGCCGUCGGUCAGAAGCGAUCCACCGUCGCUCAGCUCGUCAAGGUUCUUGAGGAGAACGACGCCAUGAAGUACACCAUCAUUGUGGCCGCCACCGCCUCGGAGGCCGCUCCUCUGCAGUACCUCGCUCCCUUCUCGGGUGCCGCCAUCGGCGAGUGGUUCCGUGACAACGGCAAGCACGCCCUCAUCAUCUACGAUGACUUGUCCAAGCAGGCCGUCGCCUACCGUCAGAUGUCGCUCUUGCUUCGUCGUCCUCCCGGUCGUGAGGCUUACCCCGGUGACGUCUUCUACCUCCACUCGCGUCUGCUCGAGCGUGCCGCCAAGAUGCACGACUCGCACGGUGGUGGAUCGCUCACUGCCCUCCCCGUCAUUGAGACCCAGGGUGGUGAUGUGUCCGCUUUCAUUCCCACCAACGUUAUCUCGAUUACCGACGGUCAGGUCUACCUCGAGUCCGAGCUCUUCUUCAAGGGUAUCCGACCCGCCAUCAACGUCGGUCUUUCGGUGUCGCGUGUCGGUUCCGCCGCUCAGUCCAAGCUGUACAAGUCGGUUUCUGGUUCGCUCAAGCUCUCGCUCGCCCAGUACCGUGAGCUGGCUGCCUUCGCCCAGUUCGGUUCCGAUUUGGACCCCGCUACCCGCGCCACCCUGAACCGUGGUGUCCGUCUGGUUGAGCUGCUCAAGCAGCCCCAGUUCGUGCCCAUGGCCACCGAGAUCCAGAUCCCCAUCAUCUACGCCGGUGUCAACGGUCUGGUCGACGAGAUCCCCGCCGACCGCAUCGUCGAGUGGGAGCAGUCGUUCCGUGAGAAGCUCUCGACCGAGGACGCGCUCCUCUCCGAGAUCUCCAAGGGCAAGCCCAGCGACGAGCUCUUCAGCAAGAUGAAGACCCUCGUCCAGGAGCACGUCAAGAGCUUCCUUGCCUGA